AUGUCUCCCAGCGGUGCCGUGCCCAGCACCGCCCAGGUGGUACCGGGGGCGUGCGUCAACAUUGUCCUCAAGGCCGACCAGCGCACUGGUCGUCAGGUCUCAGGCACCGUGCGAGACGUCCUCACUCGGGGCGAUCACCACCGCGGCAUCAAGGUCCGCCUUGUCGAUGGCCGCAUCGGUCGUGUCCAGAGCCUUGCGGAUCCCGUAGCCGCCCAGGCUGUGGCUGCGGCCGCGGCCGCGGGCGACGACCAGGCAGCGGCGAUCCUGGCACGCGACCUCCAGAUCCAGCAGCAGACUCGCCGACGGGGGCCCAAGUAUCGCGACGUCCGCGAGGACGACGACGCCCUCGAGGCGCCGCCUGAGCAGACCGACCUGAGUGCGUACAUUGUGCCUGCACGGCCCAGGGGCAAAGGCAAGAAGGCCGCGGCGGCACGCUCUGCAGAUGAUGGGUCGGGCUCGGAACCACUGCGCCAACACGAUGUCGUGUCUGCAAAUGUCACCUGUCCUGUCUGCAACUCGUUCCAGGGCGAUGAAGCCGCCGUCGCCCAUCAUGUUGCGGCUCAUUUUGAAUAA